CUUAAGCUAUAACAAAAAAAAAACAUCAUAUCCAACCAAACAAACCAACCACCGAUGGCUGAGGUCAACAACAACCACCACCAUGAAAAAGAAAAACAAGAACAAUCAUCCAAGUGGGCCGAUUUGACCCACGAAUGUCUGGUCAACAUUCUCAACCGCCUUACAAUCGAGGAUCGAUGGCGAGGUACCAUGUUUGUUUGCAAAUCAUGGUUUCAUGUAUCCCAGGAUCCUUGUCUACAUACUGUUUUGGACCUUGAAUCGAGUUUCGAUACGCGCCCGGCUGAAUCGGGUCGGUGGUGGAACCCCGAAUUCGAGAGGAAGAUUGAUAAUAUGGUCCGGUCUGUUGUGAAUUGGAGCGAUGGAGGUGUUGCCGAUAUUAGAGUUAGGCAUUGUUCUGAUCGGGCCAUUUCGCUUGUUGCUCAAAGGUGCCCUAACCUAAAAGUAUUGUCGAUCAAGAGCUCCCCCAAUGUUACUGAUGAAUCAAUGGUGAAGCUAGCAUCGGGUUGUCCCAAACUUAGGGAACUUGACAUAAGUUAUUGCUACGAAAUUUCUCAUGAAGCUAUGGUCACGUUAGGGAAAAAAUGCACCAACAUAGUAACUUUAAAACGUAACCUAAUGAAUUGGUUAGACCCUUCACAACACUUGGGAAUUGUACCCACGGACUACUUAAAUGCUUGUCCCCAAGAUGGGGACUCAGAAGCUACUGCCAUUGGAAACUUCAUGCCUCAACUUCUUCAUCUUGAACUUGGGUUCUCCAAACUAACAUCCCGGGGGCUUUCUUUGAUUACUGAAGGGUGUAAAGACCUGGAGUACUUUGAUCUAUCAGGGUGUGUGAAUGUAACUAGCCGGGAUAUUGUAAAUUUUACAUCCAAAUUGACUAAUUUGAAGAACAUCAAGAAGCCUAACUACUACAUUCCCAGGUCAGUCUUCCAUACUGAAACAUAUGGCCAUUGGAGGUUGUAUGAUGAACGCUUCCAAACAGAUGCUUUUCGUAUUUGAUACGGCAUUCCUUGCCUAUAUUCUGAAGUCUCAAAAUCCUUAUUUAUUAGAUUCUCUGGAUAUGGCUUACAUGUCCAUCUCAUGUAAUUGUGUUGUAAUAUAGCUUGUUGUAUGAAAGAACAUAUUUCUCAUAGCUUGUUUCAAGAACAUAUUUUUUUCUAUGUUUAUGUGAAUGUUGAUGUAUAUUGGAAUUUAA